AUGGUUACACUUACUGACGAUGGAGCGCGCGAUAGCUCCCCAUUGCCAGCCAGUCUUGCUAUCGACGAGCUAUUUGCUCGACUUGACAUUGGUCCCAGAUCCGCCCGCACCAUUCUUCGCGCUCUCCUCAGGACUGUGUAUAGUGACAUCCCUACCCCUGUCCCUGUCCCUGACUUCCAUGGGGAUGCAUGGGAAGUCCUUGGUUUCGGGGCCAGCGAUCCAAACUACACCCAUACGUCCGAUGAUGAAGACAUCUUGGUGUUCGAUCCCACCAUCUCUCCUAACGCUUCUGCCACUACUCUUUGUCCCACUUCUCCCGCUGAUCCCGGUAACGGCGUCCUUUCUAUCGCCAUUGAUUCCGCUUCUGCCACCGCCGCACGUGUUGUUCCCCUUGCCACUGCGCCUACUGCCUCCACAACCGCCCUCACACCUGCAGAUGUCCUUGCACCUGUAGGUUUACGUGUGCUUGUGGCUACACCUGCUGCGCCAGUUGUUUCUUUGACCCCUACCACCGCAAACAACGUCACAUCCACUGCUGGCCCCGCAUCCGCAGCUACUCCGGAUGCUGCAAGCACCACUGCACCUGCUGUCGCGAUCAUGGCUCCCACUGGAGCUCUCACCACCUCGACUGCCGCGCUUUACGCGCCCAACUAUGUCUUGCCCUACAAUGCGCCCAAGAACGCCAUUCUUCCACCACCAUCUUUGGUCACUCCUAUCUACGGCUACCAUGUCCCAGGUUUAAACGAAUCCGGGCCAUUCUACAUGGCUAGUCGUGGCCGGAACAUCGGCAUUUUUAGUGGUUGGGAGAUCCUUUCCCCAUUCGUGACGGGUGUGUCACACUCCGCGUAUUCCAAAGUUUCGAGCAUCCAGGAGGGACACACCAGGAUGGCUGCCGCAAUCAAUGCUGGCUUUGCGUUGUAUUUGACUUAG